AUGAGGUAUCUAGUUCUCUUUUCCGUCGUUAUAGCUGCAGUGGGCAGAGGCCUGGGCCAGUUCCUCGACUGGCUUGUUAAUUGGGACGCUUCUUUCGAUACCAUGCACCUCGUAGGUUUCAGUCUUGGCGGUCAUCUCGUUGGUAGUGCUGGACGGGAAACCGGUGCUCAAGUUAGGAGAAUUACUGCUCUGGAUCCCGCCGGACCGCUAUGGGGAAGCGACUGCGAGCGCAUAGUUCAAACUGAUGCGAGAUACGUCGAAGUGAUCCACACAAACAUUUUCAACCUUGGAUUCACUGACCCUUGUGGUGACGCUGACUUCUACCCCAAUGGAGGCAGCAGCAUGCCUGGAUGCUCGACUAACAGCUGUUCGCAUGGUAGAGCCGUGGAUUACAUGGUCGCCUCUAUCAGAUACGAUCACUUCCUUGCCAACAAGUGCGGAACCCUCACGGAUGCUACCAAUGAUCGUUGCACUGGAGGACUAUAUCCCAUGGGAAACAGUGACCUGGAUAAAUCUGGAUCGGAAAUAUUCCGAGUCAACACGGCCAGUAUUUACCCAUUCUAA